GGUGAUCCCAACACCGCGUUCAACUCCGCAAUCACGAACGACAGCUACCGGUGCAGCGGUGAAAGGAGGCAGCAGCAAGCAGAAAGAAGAUUGCUCUCACCUUCCUGUCUUCGCGUCAUCGCUGCGUGUCUUCUUAUUCUGCGUGUUCAAGGAGUUCUGUGCAGACCCAUUUACGCAGCGUGUCCUCUCUCGUUUACCAAUUCAUCUUCAGCAAGUUAAACGCUUAGUAUCGCUGUAGUCCUUCGAGCUUCUUUAUUCUCUUUCCCCCCUCCUCUUUUUGUUUUCUGGCUAGCAUGCGUCGUUUGAUCCGUCGCAUCGCGUGGCCAUCGCCGGCCGCCGCAAAGACCAUGCGUAGCGUUUGCGUGCCUCUCUUGCUCAAUACUGGGCCGCUCUCUUCGAUUCCCACGACAUCCGUGCGACGAUGGCAGUCCGCGUCCAAGCGGGCCUUUUUUCUGGGGUCGUCGCCGCCCUUCACCGCGAGCUACCGCAUGCAAAGCAGCACCGAUCAACAAGACCUCUACGCCGUGCUGGGCGUUAAGCCGGAUGCCACACAGGAUGAGAUCAAGAGCGCCUACAAAAAGCUCGCGCUCGAGUUCCACCCCGAUCGCAAUCACGCCCCCGGAGCAGAGGAGAAGUUCAAAACAAUCUCUGCCGCUUACAGUGUUGUUGGUAGCAAGGACAAGCGGCGUGAGUACGACGCACAGCGGGCCAUGUACCGUGGCAUGGGCGGCGACCCGUCGAGCAGCGGCAGCGGCUAUUCCACCUCCGGCCCUGGCGGCUUCCCUGGAGGCAUGGGCCGUGGCAACUAUCAGUACCAACAGAUGUCGAAGGAGGAGGCGGAUCGCCUCUUUCGCGAGUUGUUUGGUGGCAUGCGCGUGGACCAGAUUUUCAGGAAUUUGGAGGAGGAGAUGCGGCGGGGCGGCAUGCCCGGCAGCGGGUUAGGCGGACACGUGGGGCGAAGCUUCCCUGGUUCAGAGCAGGCCUUUCGCCCCUUCUUCCGCACCGAGAGCAGCUCCACCCGCAUCUUCACCGACGAACACGGGAAUCGCAUGGAGGAGACGACCUACACCGACCCACGUGGGACGCGCUUCACGGUGCGGCAGUCGUCGAGCAGCGACCCGAACGCGAGCACGAACCAAACCGGCGAGGACUUCUACCGCAGCCGCUUCGUGGGAAAGGAUGGCCGCCACCACUUCGGGAACGUCUCGGCACAGUUCGAGAAACCGUCCGAGGACUUCACGCAGAGCAUGUUUGGCGUUCGCUCCCAUGGCCGCAGCCCACUUGUGUCCUUCCUGAUUCUUGGUGCGUGGACGGUUGUCUUGGGCACGCUGCUCUUCUGCUGCAUCGGCUUCUUCGCCCGGCACCCUUUCUUCACUGCCUCCGUGCUCAUGCUCAACCUCCUCGGUCGUGCCGCACGACGCCCUUUCUAA